CAAAAUGGCGGACAUUGAAGUGUUUAGAACUUCUUAUCUUUCUCACUAACUUCCUACAAAUUUUAUAUCAUAUUAACUCGGCAAAGACAGAAUGAGUAAACUGCCACCAUCCAGAAGGCCAAAGGCUGGCGCUCGAGGUCAUCUACCUACAGGAGAUCUCAUUGCACUUGGUCCCAAAAGCUCAAGAGCUGCAGACUCUGACCUCAAGCCCAACAUCCAGCCUCCAAAACCUCCCCAACCACCACCCCCUAAGAAAUUAAACAUACCUGGAAGCAUAGACAAAAAGAGAGACUCCUCUAGUCCUCUAACACCAGCUGGUACUCCAAAACGGAUCAAGCUGAUUGGAUCUCCACCAUACUCCCCUCAUGUACCCAAGGCCGGGGAUGGGGAGAGUUGCAGGAGGCCUAGCACAAGUGGUACCCAGUAUUUUCCAACACAGAUUUCACCGAUCGAAGUUAAUUCCUCUGAACUGGAAAAACAGUUGCUGGAAGCAGAAUUAAAUGGAGACAAGACAAGAAUCGAUGGCUUGCUACUGGGUGCAAUCAAGGGUUUGAAGUCCAAUAGAGCCAAACCUGAUCCUGCGUCAUAUCUUACACUGCUCUACCUUGCCAAGUAUAAACCUGAAUAUUUUGAUUCCAGUAGGAUAUUGGAGGCACUGACAUCCCUUCUGAAGAGAGACAUCUCCGUCAACCUAAAGGCGAACAAAACACUGGCAUCUAUUAUCCCAAUAAUGGCGGCAAACAUACUUCUCUACGUCUACCAAGACAUCGAAGACUGGUCUGAAAGUUUUGUGAAGGUCUAUGUUGAAGAUUCUUUAGGUGACCGUGUGUGGGUAGACACUGAUGCUUGUCAAUCAUUCGUCAAUAAUAUCCUCACAGCAUUUGGUACGAAAAAGAACCCCAAGACUUUCACUAGACAAGGAAGUGAUCCUGGUACAAAGACUACAGGACAGGCUGAGCCUGUACCACCUACCACAGUGUCAGCCACUUAUACAACUAUUAUGAUGCCGUCCACAUCAAGGGAAGAUGACGAGGUGGUGGAAGAAAUGGAUUUGAGUUCCAAUUUAGAAGAAGAUGUCAUCCCUGUUUUUCCAAGGUUUACCUUGUCAUCUGUUGCCAACAACAUUUCAACAUAUGUCUUGGAGCUCGUACAAGAACAGUUGACAAGACGACAACCAGUAGAAAACAUUUCCAGGAACCUGUUACGCCUUUUAACGUCAACAUCGGGCUACAACAAAGUUCGUUUACUUGUGUCUCAAAAGAUUGAAAUGUGGUUAUUGAAUCCAAAGCUUACACGGCCAGCCCAAGAACUAUUGAUGUCAUUGAGUAUCAACUGUAACACUCAUAGCCGAGACGAUGUAGAUGUCAUCAGCAACUUGAUAAGAAUGAGACUCAAGACUAAACCAUUAGCCAAUCAUUAUGUGAGCUGUAUCAGAGAGUUGGUCAACCAGCAUCCUGAAAAUCUUGGCACUGUACUCAAGUACGUCAUCUACAACGAGUUAUCCACGACCCGUAACCCUAACAACAUGGCCCUACUAGGGAUGAUGUUCCAGUACAAACCAGAAGCUGUAUCUAAGAUAUUGGCCAUGGUGUUCCAAGACCUCUUGAUGAACAAGGAUGACUACUUGAGGGCUUGCAGAGCACUAUUAAAGGAAAUCGUUCGUGUCUUGAGACAUGAAAUGAACUUUGUUGCACUUUGCCGAGGGUUUAUGCAGGAAAGAACAGACACACAGUUCAAAGAGCUUGAUCCUGCUGUAAAGGAGAGAAUGUUUCUAUCACUUGCUGACCUGAUCACCAUGACAACAAUGCUCUCAAUCUCACCAGUUGUCAAGGAUCUUGCUAUGGCCUUUGCUAGAGGAGACAAGAAAAAUCUCACAGCACUCCAUGAGUUCCAGAAGAAUGUGUCAGUGAUCCAGAGAGAUGCAGUUUGGUGGCUUCACACUGUAGUGCCAAAGAUGUUCAAUCCAAAUGGCAAAGACUUCCUCAAUUGUUUGCAGAAAGUCCUUUAUUUAGAGCCAUUAGAAAGUUAUUGUGCCAAAGACAACUUUCCUACGGAAGCUGAUAGAAAUCUGUUUUACAACCUGGUGUCUGAUGUCCCAGUGCAGGAGGACACAUUAAUGAGGAUCAUUAUCAUUGGACUUGGCUCAGAACUGCCGUUGAACGCUCCUGAGGCUCUGGACAUUGCUGAUAGGAUAGUGAGACGGGCAGCAACCAUCAAAACAGGAGUCACACCACUGAAAGUCACCCGGCUAGAGUUACUAGAUGCCAUGUUGAACCUGUGUGCUUACCACCAUCCGAAAGACAUACAGCUUCCUACUGGCUAUGUUCAUCCGAAGCUAGCUAUAUCUAAUCUAUACUGGAAGGCGUGGGGAUUAUCGACCAUAGUAUCUUCACUCAACCCUGAUUCUAUAGGCAAAUCUGGUUGGGAUAACUUUCCAAUGUUAAGAAGCUUAAUGGAGAUGAUCAUGACAAACAAUUGUACUUUUCCACCUCCUACCAUUGCCGCAUCGAAUGAUGAGAAAGAACAGAUCAUUGCCCAGGAUAUGCAGUUGGUUCAGAUCGAGAAAGAAGAAAUCUUACAGUUCGAAUCUCAUCUUGCUGCUGCCACAACGGGUGUGGCUAUCACAGAACAAAACAGUUUGUUGUUAAGUCAGCUGAUAUCUAUGGACCCUGUGGGCCCUGCCAGGCGUCCUCCACAGUCGUUUCUGGACGAGCUCAAGAAAACCAACAAGGCCCUCAAACUUGGUCAAAAGCUGUGCCGCAAUCGAUCACCAGAUUUCUUACUGGACAUCAUCCAGAGACAAGGCACGUCACAGAGCAUGCCGUGGCUAGCUGAACUGGUCCAGUCAUCUGAAGGGUCUUUAGACGUCCUGCCUGUUCAGUGUCUGUGUGAGUUCUUAUUGAUGGAGCAACCAGCUGCAGAUAACCUGGAUCAACCCGUCUCCACUAAGGAAGGCCAGGAAAAGAAGAUGAAUAACCAAAAGCACGUGUUGUCACGCCUUCGUUGGCUGUUGACAGGACCUUCAGCAGAUGCUGAUUCUACAGUCGAAGUGAUUGAGUACUUCAUGCGACGAUUAUCAUCAAGUAUAACCAAAGAAAGAAACGCUGCAGCCAAGGGCCUUGAAUUGGUCCUUUCACAAAGCACCGCAUCAAAAGAGGACGAAGUCUCAUUGGUCAGUUUCUCCGAUGACGUUUCCAUGUUGGCGAUGUUCGAGGAGAUGUCCUUCCCAGAAAGCACUUCGGCAAGCACAUUGAAGAGCUCGUUGAAGUGGCUGCUUGUUAACUUACCGAGGUUACCCCACUUUGAAACGGUCAGACCAAUUUGUUGUUUUGCACUAAGACAGUGCUGUCAAGUAGAAAUCGUCCUUCAGCGACUUCAAGCGUACUUGGUGUUUCUUUCGGAGCACACAGGAAGCCCAGCUGACAGUGAUUUUGCCGACGCGUUGCUGGAGAUCUCUCAGUUGGUCAUCGAGAGGCCUACUAUUUUUCACCAAAUGCUCGGAGAUUCGCCUGCUGCGGAAGAGACAUUCCAAGCUUUACUGAGAAUGUAUGAACGAGCUGUACAACACGCUAUUGAAGCUCAAGAGAGUUCUUUCUUUGAAGUAAAUGAUCCUAGUACCUACAACGGCCUACUAGAUACCUGGUGUCCCGAGAAUGGACACGUUAAAGUAUUCUUAACAGAUACAGGUGAAGAGGCCGUGCUUCUGCCUGAAUGGCUGAGACUUCGUAUGAUAAGAGCUGGUACACAGAGGGUAGUUGAUACAGCGAUUUCCGAUUUAAUUCCAUCGCAGCUGGUUUUGUUUGCACAGUCCUUUGGGAUCCCUGUGUACAGCAUGAGUAAACUACUACAGCAGCUUGACGUGGCUGCACAACAUGAUGCCUUGAGCCUCGAUGAAGCUGUUCUUGACAAAGGUACUGUAACACGUGUAUAUCACAGUAUGCUAACUUGCAGUGGACCAGAAUUGAAGCUAUUCCAAAAACUUGAAACGAUUCUGGGAUUGAACGUCGGAGCUGCAGAUAUUGAAGAUAAUGAAGAUACGAAACAAUUAGAAAACGAAAUGAAAGGGCAAUUAACAGCUGAAGUAAUCCAGGCAAAUAAAGGAGAAAUCCCAGAAUGCACUUUGUCGGACAAUUUGAUGAAAUCCUUACUUAAGUUUGUCUCACAGAAUGCUCUCAAACGACAUUCAAAAGCAACCUCUAGUUUCACAGAACUCAUCCAAAAAUUGUCUUCGAGAUGUUCUAAAGCUGGUCCGCUAUCAUGCAUGCUACAACAGUACAAGAAACAGCUUGGAAUCACAGAGACAGAUGUAAAAAAAUCCGUGACUAACAUCUUAAAAGAAAUCGCCCAGAAUGAGGGUAGUGUUGAUGAAACACAAAUAAGAAAGCUUAUUGAAGCUGCAAGAAUACCGGGAACCCGAGCUGAACGUAUUGAUAAAGAUAUAGCUGUUAAAGCUUGCAUGAAAGUCAAGUCAAGCAAUCCUCAGUUACUAGACGAUGUGUGUAAAGCUCUAUUUAGCCUAAUGAUUUUUCAAAAGACUCGACAUGAGCACGCAGACUCACCAUGGAAUUCUAAGCAGUCUCUCCCGCUUAAGACAUGCGUGGAGAUCCUCACGACCUUGUUGUCUUGCGAUCCACAUGGCGAGGAUAGGUCGGCGUAUGAUCUUAGUAAAGGAUUGUUUGUGGAUUGGCUGGAAACUGUUGAUCCUGAGAUAGUUAAUGUUCAUCCAUUAGUUCAGAGACAGCUCUUGUUCAGUGACAGACCACAGAUGAGUAACGAAGAAGGCUCACUUACCUGUACUGAGAAACGUUCCGCUAAUGCCUACCUACUGGCAUCGCUAGCUCAUAAUUCCAACUAUUCGUGUUUGCAAGAUUGUUUGGACUGGUUGCUUGCGCAACACGAGCAGAGCAAUAGGAUCAACCCAGGUGCUGCUCUGGACUUUGUAUGGACCUGUUUUCACAUUCCUCGGCUCUGGCAGGGAAGAGAGCAGAAGUCCACCGCUGUUGGCACAAACACAUCCGAAACGGCUGAAUACGAAGACCCUGUACUAUCUGUCACGCCGACACAGGCAUGUCACGUCACGCGGCUUGUACUAGCAGAGGCAGAUGCUGUGAUACGGAACUUGUGCCGAAAGAAAGGUGUUGCGUUUGAGGAUUUUGAUAAAUAUAACAGUCAAUCUAACCAGGAUGGAUCAGCUGUCAUGGCUUCUCUAAAUCUCGAGGCAAAUGAGCUUAUAGCAGACGUCAUAAGACACCGAAUGCCUCUUUUACUGCUGUGUUGUCAUGGCAAUGACAGCCAUCUUAAGGCGACUGUGGAUUACCUCAUCAAGACCACAAGAUGGCCAUCCUGGUUGAAGAGUCAGUGUCUUGCCCAUAUAUACCUGGCUCAUCCUCGUGUAGUCGUGUGGCUCCAAGAUCAUAAGUCUCUGUUUACAUCAGGUGUAUUUACGAAGGCCACUCACUGUCAGCUGGAUGCUCUGUGUCAUCGAGUGCUUACUAUCCUGGCUGACUGCAAACCUGGUCGAGAAUACGAAGAAAGCGCCAACAGUUCGAGUCUGCUGUGCAGAAGUAUUGCAGCAACACAUCCCAUGCUACUUUUACGACAUUUACCAAUGAUCGCCUGCCUGUUACGAGGUCGUGUUCAUCUGACGUCAAAAGAAUUCUCCAAUCAGCAGCAUCUUCUUCUCUUCUCUCACGUGUUGGGGAUUCUAGAUCUUGUUCGACCCCACGUGUUUAUUGAAGACAAGUGUAUCGAAGAUGGGCUUGAGGAGACAUUGUUUGUUUACUUCGAACUCGUUCAGUCGCCUUGUUUGGGGUUCAAAGAGGUUGCCAGUGUCCUUUCCAAGUUUACCGAGUUCUUAUAUCAUUACUGUACAAAUAAACCUGAAAAAUCCUUGGCUCUACUGCAAAGCAAAUCUGCCUUACUCAACGAUUUGUUGUAUGAUUUUCCUGACCUGCCAUCUCUCAAGUGUUUGGUCAGUGCUCUAUCGGUUCCAAAAGCAUCUGCUCCAAUGUCGAGUACCGCUGUAUCGUUACCUGCAGGCUCGUCUAAGUUUCGUACAAUGAUUAUGCCGCUGGAAAUCUCGACAUGGACGCCUGCGCAACUGGCGCCAGCAGUUCAGCAGCUGUCUCCAUGGAAACCCUCACAAG